GGCGAACUUAGUCUUGACGUGAAGCUCGCGGCGAUUAUUACACGUAAAUAUCACGGACGUAAUCUGUCAGUAAAUGGCGGCAUUAAGGCUACAGCUGAUAUUGCUUGGUGCAUUGUGCGGCAUUGGCACUACUGCUGCAGCCACUGCGCAAUUUAGUUAUGGCAGCUGCGAGCCGAAGGGCAGCAAGGAACGCGGCCUAUGCAUUCAUAUACGAGAUUGCCCAUUUCUCUACGAGAUACUCAACAUAAGCCAGACAACGCCGGAGCAACGUCAGCUGCUCUCCGAUAGCCAAUGCGGCUUGGAUAACACACGGCAAAGCGGCCUAGUGCAGCGUAUUCUUGUCUGUUGUCCGGACAGCAAACGGCGGAUGCAAGGCACAGGCUCCAGAAAUGGAGCAGAAACAGAAAAUGUAACACCUGUCAUAAAUCCUUCGGGAGAUGAGCUCGAGCCGGGUAAUGUUUUGCCAAGUAUUGGAACUUGUGGGAUUAUGUUUGCCAAUCGCAUUAUUGGCGGCAUCAAGACGGAACUUUUUGAGUUCCCCUGGAUGGCGCUGCUCCAAUAUAAAAAGGCCAAUAAUGAGCUGGGCUUCAACUGCGGCGGCACAUUAAUCAACUCUCGCUACGUACUGACCGCCGGCCAUUGCGUGGCUAGCAACCAGCUGCAAAUGUACGGAUGGGAAUUGCACAGUGUCCGUCUGGGCGAGUGGAACAUUAGCUCUGCCCCAGACUGUAUCAUCGAGCUGGCUAACAAGAAACGGACUUGCGCACCCAUGCACAUAGACAUUGAGGUUGAAAAGUAUAUCGUGCACGAGCUAUACAUCCCGAAUUCGAUUGACCAGAUGCACGACAUUGCGCUGCUACGCCUCAAGCAAUUUGUCAGCUUUACGGAGUAUGUGAAGCCCAUUUGUCUGCCGGUGGGUGAUGAUGUACGGAACAACAAUUUUGAGGACUAUGCGAUGAACGUUGCAGGCUGGGGUGUCACCGAGGAUGGCAAACCCAGCAAAGUGAAGCUUAAGAUCACUGUGGACGUGUGGAAGCUUAAAAAUUGUCAAGAUAAGUACCGCAGCUACCAGAUGCAUCUGAAUAGCUCACAGCUGUGCGCUGGUGGCAAGGUAAAUAUUGACACCUGUCAAGGUGACUCCGGUGGACCACUAAUGGUAGCUACCAAUGUGGGAAUGAAAGAAGUAUUCUUUGUGGCCGGGGUCACUUCAUACGGCCCAAAACCGUGCGGUCUGCGAGGAUGGCCAGGCGUCUAUACUCGAGUGGGACAGUAUGUGGACUGGGUUUUGGAAAAAUUAGAGCCUUAAGUCGAUCGUUUACUUUAAUAAAUAAAAUUGGUAAUUUAUUAUUCACAUA